AUGGCCAAUGACAAACUUCCAGAUGUUUUUUUGGACGAAUCCUCUGUGGUUCUCAUUACUGGCAUGGCUGGAUUUAUCGGAUCCGAGUUGGCAAUGGCUCUCCAUCGGGUCUAUGCUCCCAAGAAGAUCAUUGGCGUGGACUCGAUGGACGAUGGUUUUGGCAACGACCAAGGCCGCACUGCCGAAGAAUUGGGAGUCUUUGAUUACAAGAGACAACGCUUGUUUCAUGUCCUCCAAACAAUAGGAGAUCGCUGCCAUUUUUAUCGUGUGGACUUUCGUCCCAACAUUCCAGAAUAUCAGGACCGAGGCGAAGUGCCAGUGCUGGACCACAUUUUUGCGUCUCAUCCCGACAUUACACAUGUGGUGCAUUUGGCAGACCCCUACGGGAAUCCGUCUCUAUUAGAAGAAGGACACGACAAGACAAAGCUGACAACGCAAGCAAUCCCACGGAAGAAGGAACAAAUCAAGGCGGGAAUGAUGGAAGCCUUGCUAGAGCAGCUCCGCAAGGCUGGGAAAUUACAUCCCAAAGGAAGCAUCCCUCAUUUCACCUAUGCUUCUUCGGCUCAUGUCUACAGCCACUACAAUCUAGAAACUGAUGAUUUCGCCAAAAACCCCAAUCCACCUCCGUUUGCGGAAGAAAGACCCAUCGUCACACCGGCUAGCAUCCAUGGAGCAGCCAAAUUGACGGACGAAAUUCUCGCCAAAGCAUACCAUGAAACCAGAGGAAUUUACUCGGCGGGACUUCGAUUCUUUGAGGUAUAUGGGCCCUGGAGUUCUCCGGGAACCUUUCUCUUUGACCUGGCGGAACGAGCCGUCCGAGGAGGUGAUUUUGUCACGGAGGAAGACCUUCAGAUUUUGGACACGGUCACACGUGACUAUGUUUACAUUGAUGAUGCCGUCGAUGCCAUUUUAGCAGCCAUGCAAUUCAAACCGACCACUGGAAACAAAGACGAACCGCCACCAGUGGUCAUUAAUGUGGGCACGGGAAAGGGAACGACAGUGCGAACCAUUCUACAGAUUAUGCAGCGAUACCUCAUGAGCACCGUCUCGUCCAGGUUGCCGCCGCCUUCUGCUGUUGCGGCGGGGAAAAGGAAGCAAUCUGUGUCCUUUGCAUCCACGCAACGGACAGAGGAAUUGCUAGGAUUCAAGCCGCAAGUGACAUUGGAAAAGGGCAUCUUUCAUCUGCUGGCUUGGCACCAUGAUCGGGCAUUCCCCUAUGGAUCUCUCGACGAGCCUACCAAAAAUUUGCCGCAACAUCCCAUGGAAAAACAAGGAAUGGUCGCUUGUUCGCCCUUUGACGUGGAAUGUUUAAAGGGGGCCCCUGUAUUUCCAUGUGCCUCGGAAUGCUCUCACCGCCAUCAGUGUACAAAAUCCUUUUAUGACAAUGUCUUGGGGACGACUCGAGCGUGGACAGCUCCUUGUGAGGCAGUUCUCUACACUGUGAUUUUGGAUAGCGACCUUACCAGAAUUCCUUCUGCCACCGUGGCUGUCUCGACAACAUCACAAUCUCAUGUGGAGAGCGACCAAGGACAUUGCAACCUGGCAUUUGUCUCUUCCAACAGUCCAUUGGUAAAGAAUCUGCAAGCUCAAGUCGAAGGCAUGUCUGGUCCUUUGCAACAUGGUUUCUGGAGUCUUGUCUUGGUGGAUGUCAACGAGGAAGAGAAUGACUACUUUUUGGAAUUCUUGCCUAAGCUGUCCCCAGGCCUCUUCUUUGGUGGCGACACGACCAAGCGCAUCAUCUACGUCGAUCCCGAUGUCAUUAUUGAAAGCAUCCCAGAUUUGAUAUCCGAGGCUUCCAUGCAACCAAAGUAUCAAGCUGAUGAUGAUCAAAAAGGAGGAAGCAGUGGAGAUGCCAACAAACAAGGCGCCACCGCCAUGCUGAUUGGAAAGGGACGCCAGCAAAGCAGUCGAAAAGGUAUCACCCCCUUGCGGGAGGCGAUUCAAGACAGUGCUUAUCGGUCAGUCCGCAUUGGUGUAAUCGACAAAAUGUCCCCCGGGGAUGGGUUUGCCUUGCCGUUGGACUCUUCCUUCAUUGUCCACACGCUUCAAAGCGAAGACAGUCGACUCUUUCGAUGUGAUGUCUUUGGAGAACUCAUUCAAUGGGGAGUCGGAACGGAUCAGUCAGCGUUUGAGUUCAUCUUGGAGCUACACGACAUGUGGAGCAGCGUGAUUGUGAAGAAAGCUGGGUUGGAACCCUGGUGGGUUGGAGAGGGAGUUGUCACCAUUCCUGAGCGACCUUCUUUCUCGCACCAGAUCGCGAGCUCUCAAACGAGACGUCUGCUGGAAGCUCUGACGGAUGAAGGGGGCGCCUUUGCAUCCGAUGCGGCGAGGAAGACGGGGAGAGGAGCACAACUUGUGCAAGUAGUCGGAGGUGGUCAAGGCUCAGCUGGAAACGGGGUACAGGAGACGGAUGCUGUUGACCAGAAGAAUCCAGAGGGCCAAGAUCCCCGCCAACCCAGUGCGAAUGACGAAUCGCCAAACGCAAAACGCGACGGAAUUUUUGGAAACGAUGACCACGUAGCCGAACCGGGGCCAGGCGACAGCGUUGAGGUGAUUGCCGCACGCAACAAUGAAGACAGAGACGAUGAUGCUGUGGUCGAUGACGACGCAAAUGAAGAGGAAGACGGCGACAUUCAUUCAAGAGCGGAAGUGCAAGAUAAGAAGCGAGAUGUCUCUGCCUACGACACAUGGAUGGGAGUUCUAUCAUCGACAUCGCUGCAAUAUUUCGUCAGGAUUGUUGAAACAGGAAGCGAGGGAGGUAUAGGCGUGGUGGUGUUGGAUGAUUACGACUUCUAG